AUGAUAAAAACAGUUACGUUUCAACCAUUUCAUCUCAUACAUGUACUGCUUUCCAUCCCUUCAUGUUCAUCAGAGGCGGUUUUAUGUGAUGUUGGAGAGUAUCUGUGUGCCGACCUUGUGAACUGUGUCUCUGAGAGCUGGCUCUGUGAUGGAGAGCCUGACUGCCCAGACGCCUCUGAUGAAAUUCUUCCAAAAUGUGAUGUAGAAAUGAUAAUCAGUUGCCCCCUCAAUCACAUACAAUGCCCGGGAAGAAGAAAGUGCAUUCACUUCAACAAGCUGUGUAAUGGGGCCAAAGACUGUGAGGAUGGUUUUGAUGAAGGCGUUCACUGUAGAGAACUCCUGUCAGCCUGCCACGAGCUUCGCUGUCGCUAUGGCUGCAUCAUGACCAGGAAUGGUACGUUCUGCUUCUGUGCCGAUGGUUUCGAGGUGGGAGAGGACGGGCGCAGCUGCGGAGAUCAUGAUGAAUGCGCAGUGUACGGGACAUGCAGCCAAAACUGCCUGAACACCUACGGGUCAUACCGCUGUAGCUGCACAGAUGGCUAUAUGCUGCAGUCGAACAGACACUCCUGCACAGCUAAACAGGAGCCCGGUGACAGCCCUGCCACUCUGAUGAUUGCAAGCUCGGAUAAUAUCAUAAUCACAGCUCUUAAUGGAUCUGGUAUGCAGAUUCUGAAAUUUCUGGACUCAAAUGAGACCCAUACAUUGGACUUUAACUACAAUGAGGAAGCACUAUGUUGGGUUACAUCUGGAAAGCUUUGGUGUACCAAGAUGAAGAAACCAAGUGGAUUUUCUAAAGAACGAGAAAUUAAGGCAGUGCAGAAUCUUCACAAUGUUGAACAAAUGGUGAUUGACUGGAUUACGGGAAACUUUUAUUUUCUGGACAAAGCGAAUGCCAGAAUAUUCGUUUGCAGCUGGAAUGGAGACACUUGUGUCACUGUUAUCGAACAGGACUUGUUUAAUCCUAAAGCGAUAGCUGUGGAUCCUCUCAGGGGGAUGCUCUUUUUCACGGACUAUGGAAAUGUGGGCAAACUGGAGCGCUGCCACAUGGACGGCACAAACAGAACUUGGCUUGUGGAACAUAGGAUUGAGCAGCCAACCGCAGUGGCACUGGACCUGGUAAAGAAGCUGGUAUACUGGUCAGAUGCAUAUCUGGAUUACAUCGAGGUUGUGGAUUACAAUGGCAAAAACAGACACAGCAUCUUUCAAGGGAGUCAAGUGGCUUACCUGCAUGGAUUAGCUGUCUUUGAGGACUACUUGUAUGCCAUUCGCUCCGAAUCCCUUGCUGACUCUGUGGUGGAUGUAAUACGGAUUAAUCGCUUUAAUGUCACAGAGCCAGAAAUGCUAACCAGCAUGGGAAACUCCAAAGCAAUACGUGUUUACCACAAACUCAGUCAACCAAAAGUCCGGGGGCAUGCAUGUGAGGUGAACUCGUAUGGAAAAGCAGGAGGAUGCUCGCACCUCUGCCUGCUCAGUGGGAGUUACAAAUCGAGAAGCUGUCGCUGCCGAACAGGCUUCAUUCUGGGAAGUGAUGGCCAGUCCUGCAAAAAGCCCAAGAAUGAUCUCUUCAUUUUCUAUGGAAAGGGUAGACCUGGAAUAAUCCGUAGCUUGGAUAUAAAUGCCAAGUCCAGCAGUGAACACAUGGUUCCAGUGGAGGACCUGGUGAAUCCACGGGCAUUGGACUACCAUGCUGAAAGUGGAUACAUUUACUUCGCUGACACCACAAGUUUUCUAAUAGGGCGCCAAAAGACUGAUGGGAGCAGCCGAGAAACUAUUCUUAAAGAUGAUCUAGACAAUGUAGAAGGCAUUUCCGUAGACUGGAUUGGAAAUAACCUAUACUGGACAAAUGAUGGCUACAGAAAGACAAUCAGUGUGGCCAGACUGGAGAGGGCUGCUGCCACUAGGAAGACUCUUUUAGAGGGAGACAUGUCUCACCCCAGAGCUAUCGUAGUGGAUCCACUCAACAGCUGGAUGUACUGGACCGACUGGGAGGAGGAUGAAGUAAACGACAGCAUUGGCAGAAUUGAGAAAGCCUGGAUGGAUGGCUCUCACCGCAAGAUAUUUGUCACCUCUAACAUGCUGUGGCCGAAUGGGCUCACCCUGGACCACGGGAGCAGCACGAUGUACUGGUGUGAUGCGUAUUAUGAUCACAUCGAAAAAAUCUUCCUCAACGGUACAGGCAGAAUGGUGGUGUACAGUGGCAAGGAGCUGAAUCACCCCUUCGGGAUUUCACACUACAGAAACUCCAUCUUCUGGACGGAGUACAUGAACGCCUCCAUCUUUCAGCUGGAUCUGCUUUCUGGUGAGGUUGCUCUGUUAAGAAGCGAGAGACCUCCACUUUUCGGCCUUCGAGUGUUUGAUGCACAGAAUCAGCAAGGUGACAACGCUUGCAGAGUGAAUUAUGGAGGCUGUGCUACCCUCUGUUUGGCUAUCCCAGGGGGCCGAGUGUGCGCUUGUGCUGACAACCAACACCUGGACAGGAACAAUGUCACCUGCUCAGAUCUGUCCGGUGACGAGGAGCUGAAGUUCUGCAGAAAUGAAGAAUUUGAGUGUAAAAAUCAGCGGUGUGUGAGAGCCUCAUGGAUAUGUGACGGAGAUGAUGACUGUCUAGACGGCAGUGAUGAGGAAGAGCAUGUCUGUGCUAACCACAGCUGCACUGUGGACCAGUUCAAGUGUCCCAAUAACCGGUGUAUUCCCAAGCGAUGGCUUUGUGAUGGAGCCAACGACUGUAGUGACAAUGAGGACGAGUCCAACAGAACAUGCUCAGCCAAACAGUGCCAGACUGGUCAGUUUUCUUGUGGAAAUGGUCGCUGUAUACCCCAAGCUUGGCUCUGUGACCGCGACGAUGACUGCGGUGACAUGUCCGAUGAGUCCACUUCUUGUGCCUUUCCCACGUGUGAGCCGCUUACCCAGUUCAGCUGUUCCAACGGAAGGUGCAUCAGCAUCAAGUGGCACUGUGAUUCAGAUGACGACUGUGGAGACGGCAGCGAUGAGGCAUUGUGUUUCCAUGCCUGCUCCAGUGGUCAGUUCCAGUGCUCCCAGGGUAGGUGUAUUCCUGAACACUGGGCCUGUGACGGAGACAAUGAUUGCGGUGACUUCAGCGAUGAGAAUGUGACCUGUGCAGGCAGUUCUGCUGUAUUACCCCCUGUGGAAUGCAGCAGUGAGGAGUUUCACUGCCGUACUGAUGGCACCUGUAUUCCUGAGCGCUGGCGCUGUGACGGGGACAAGGACUGCGAGGACAGCAGUGACGAGAGGAAUUGUGAGGGCAUCAAAAGGACAUGUGACCCUGAAGCCAAAUUCACCUGCAAGCACUCGGGAAAGUGCAUCAGUAAGAACUGGGUUUGUGAUGGUGACAACGACUGUGAGGAUCGCUCAGACGAGGAGUCAUGCACGCCGUCUCUGUGUAGUCCUCCGACGCAUCCCUGUGCGAAUGACACAUCCAUCUGCCUGCACCCUCAUCAGAUCUGCGAUGGGAGGAAUGACUGUGCUGAUCAAUCUGACGAAGGCCCUUUUUGUGACAAAUGCUUACAGACAAACGGAGGCUGCAGUCACCAGUGUAAUGUGGCUCCCAGUACUGGAGUGGUCUGUUCCUGCCCAGCUGGCCUUCACCUGGCGUCAGACAAUAAAAGCUGUGAAGUGCUGGACUACUGCACCCGACACCUGAGGUGCAGUCAGAUAUGUGAGCAGUUUAAGACCACAGUCAAGUGCUCGUGUCACCCCGGCUGGAGGCUGGCACCAGAUGGAGAAAGCUGCCACAGCACCGAUCCCUUUGAAGCCUUCAUUAUAUUUUCCAUUCGGCAUGAGAUAAGGAGAAUCGACCUUCACAAGCGGGACUACAGCCUACUGGUGCCUGGGCUCAGGAAUACCAUCGCUCUGGACUUCCACUUUAACCACAGCCUGCUGUACUGGACAGAUGUGGUGGAGGACAAAAUAUACAGGGGGAAGCUUUCAGACACAGGAGGAGUCACUGGGAUUGAGGUUGUGGUUCAGCAUGGGUUGGCCACCCCCGAGGGACUGGCAGUGGAUUGGAUUGCUGGCAACCUUUACUGGAUUGAUAGUAACCUGGACCAGAUUGAGGUUGCCAAACUGAAUGGAGAAAUGAGAACUACGCUGAUUGCAGGUGGGAUGGAGCAUCCACGUGCUCUCGCCCUAGACCCAGGACAAGGAAUUGUUUUCUGGACAGACUGGGAUGCUAACUUUCCCCGGAUUGAGGCUUCAUCGAUGAGUGGAAGUGGGAGGCAUGUAGUGUAUAAGGACAUGGAGAUAGGAGCCUGGCCAAAUGGACUCACACUAGAUCAUUUGGAGAGUCGCAUAAUAUGGACAGAUGCUCGCUCAGAUGCUAUCUUCUCAGCAUUGUAUGAUGGUACUGUGGUCAUUGAGAUCCUAAGAGGCCAUGAAUACCUCUCACACCCUUUUGCUGUCUCUCUCUUUGGAGGGAGUGUGUACUGGACUGACUGGAGGACUAACACUCUCGCCAGGGCUAAUAAAUGGUCAGGACAGAAUGUUACUGUAAUUCAGAAGACAAGUGCACAGCCAUUUGACCUUCAGAUCUACCAUCCAAGCAGACAACCACAGGCCUCCAACCCCUGUGAGGAAAAUGGUGGAAGAGGUCCCUGCUCUCAUCUUUGCCUUAUUGAUUACAAUCGUACCGCCUCAUGUGCCUGCCCCCACCUGAUGAAGAUCUCACCCAACAAUCAUUCCUGUGUGGCAUUAAAGAAAUUUUUGCUGUAUGUCAGACGCUCAGAGAUCCGAGGUGUGGAUAUUGAUAAUCCUUAUAUGAACAUCAUGACUGCUUUAACUGUCCCCGACAUUGAUGAUGUCACGGUAGUAGAUUACGAUGCCCUGGAGGAACGAAUUUAUUGGGCGGAUGUGAAGACUCAGACAAUAAAGCGAAUCUUCAUUAAUGGAACAGGCCUUGAGACAGUCAUCUCAGGAGACAUUCAGAACUGCCGAGGUCUAGCGGUAGACUGGCUCUCGAGGAAUAUGUAUUGGCUGAGUACUGAGAAUGAAGAGACCCAGAUCAAUGUUGCUCGACUAGAUGGAGCACUGAAAACUUCAGUCAUUCAUGGGAUUGACAAACCAAGGUGCCUGGCAGUACAUCCAGCCAAAGGGAAGACAUAUUGGACAGAUGGAAAUACGAUAAAUAUAGCCAACAUGGAUGGGAGUAACAGGAAAGUUCUUCACCAGAACCAGAAGGAACCAGUAGGACUCUCAAUAGACUUUCCAGUCAGCAAAUUGUACUGGAUUAGCUCAGCUAAUGGCACGAUCAACAGGUGUAAUCUGGAUGGCAGUGGCUUUGAAGUGAUAGAAACAGUGAAAAAGGACUUAACUAAAGCUACAGCUCUGGCAGUCAUGGGUGGCAGGCUGUGGUGGGCCGAUGACGAUCUGGCACAGUUGGGCACAGUGGCCAAAAGGGAUGGGCGCAGUCUUGUAGCAUUGCGCAAUAAAACCAGCGGAGUGGUCCACAUGAAGGUGUAUGACCGAGACGGCCAAAAAGGUAGGAAUGCCUGUCAGCUGAACAAUGGCGGCUGUUCUCAGCUCUGCCUUCCUACAUCUGAGAAUACCCGGAGCUGUGCCUGCACCGUGGGCUACAAUCUGCGUCCGGACCGCCUCUCCUGUGAAGGAUUAAGCUCCUUUCUGAUGUAUUCUGUGCAUGAGGGAGUGCGUGGAAUCUCUCUGGACCCCUCUGACCAUGCAGAAACUCUGAUGCCCAUUACUGGUACCCUCUUUGCUGUGGGAGUGGACUUCCAUGCAGGCAAUGACACAGUCUACUGGACAGAUAUGGGCAUGAACCGCAUCUCCAGAGCCAAAAGGGACCAGACAUGGCGAGAACACAUUAUUACCACUGGCAUCAGCAGAGUGGAGGGGAUCGCUGUGGAUUGGAUUGCAGGUAAUCUCUACUGGACAGACCAUGGUCUCAACCUAAUCGAAAUAGCUCGCCUGAAUGGUAUGUAUCGCUCAGUGGUGAUCUCAGAGGGGCUGGACCAACCAAGAGCCAUCGCAGUCCACCCACAGCGAGGCUACAUGUUUUGGACAGAGUGGGGAAAGAAUCCCUGCAUAGGCCGAGCACGGUUGGACGGUUCAGACCAGGUCAUGCUUGUUAAUUCUGGCAUCGCUUGGCCAAAUGGGAUCUCCAUCGACUAUGAGGAAAAUAGAUUAUACUGGUGCGACGCUCGAACCGACAAGAUAGAGAGGAUCAACCUUGAGACUGGGGAAAGCCGGGAGAUUGUACUAUCAGCCGCCAACGUGGACCUGUUCUCGGUGGCUGUGUUCGGGGCUUAUAUCUACUGGUCUGACAGAGCCCACGCCAAUGGUUCCAUUCGCCGUGGACUUAAGAACGAUGCCAGCGAGGCCGUGACGAUGAGGAGUGGACUGGGCGUCAACCUGAAGGAUGUGAAAGUCUUUAAUAGAGGCCGGGAGAAAGGCACAAACCCCUGUGCUAAAAAUAACGGCGGCUGCCAGCAGCUCUGUUUUCACCUGGGCAGCGGCAGAAGGACAUGCUCGUGUGCUCACGGCUACCUAGCAGAGGAUGGCUUUGCCUGCCAGAGAUACGGGGGUUACCUGCUCUACUCAGAAAGGACCAUCCUAAAAAGCAUCCAUCUGUCAGAUGAGAGCGACCUUAAUUCCCCUCUGCAGCCGUUUGAGAAACCUGAGUUCUUUAAGAACGUUAUAGCUUUGGCCUUCGACUAUCGUCUGCACAUGUCUGACCACAACCGUAUCUUCUUCAGUGACAUCCACUAUGGGAAUAUUCAGAUGAUUAACGACGACUGGUCUGGAAGACAGAUUAUAAUUGAAAAUGUUGGUUCUGUGGAGGGUCUGGCCUACUACAGAGCUUGGGACACAGUGUAUUGGACCAGCUCUACCACAUCCAGCAUCAGCAGGCACACGAUAGACCAGAGCAGACACGGAGCCUUUACCAGGCAGCCUGUUGUCACCAUGUCUGAAGAGGACCAUCCACAUGUGCUAGCUCUGGAUGAGUGUCAAAACCUAAUGUUCUGGACUAACUGGAACGAGCAGCGGCCAAGCAUCAUGCGCUCCACACUUGCUGGGAAAAAUAUAAAGGUGGUCAUUAGUACAGAUGUGUUCACUCCUAAUGGACUCACUAUUGACAACAAAGCAGAAAAGCUGUAUUUUUCUGAUGGCACCCUGGGCAAAAUAGAACGAUGUGAAUAUGAUGGCUCCAAUAGACAUGUUAUUGUAAGGUCAGGACCAGGGACAUUCUUUGGCUUGGCUAUUCAUGGAAACUACAUAUUUUGGUCUGACUGGACACAGCGUGCUAUAGUCCGAACCAACAAGUUUACAGGAGGGGAAACCAAAGUGCUGCGAGCGGACAUCCCUCAUCAGCCUAUGGGAAUUAUUGCAGUGGCCAGGGACACCAAUAACUGUGAAUUGUCCCCAUGCAGAGUGUUGAAUGGCGGUUGUGGUGAUCUGUGCCUCUUGACCCCUGACGGCACAGUCAACUGCAGCUGCAGAGGAGAACGAGUGCUGCUAGAUGACAACAGAUGUGUGUCUGAGAACUCCACAUGCAGCAUCCACACCGAGUUUGAGUGCGGAAACAGCGAGUGCAUCGAUUACCAGCUGACCUGCGAUGGGAUUGCUCACUGCAAAGACAAGUCAGAUGAGAAAAUGCAAUACUGUGACAACAGGAGCUGCAGAAGGGGGUACAGACCUUGCUACAACAGACGCUGUGUAGCCAAUAAUCACUUUUGUGAUGGAAUUGAUGACUGUGGUGACAACUCAGAUGAAGCGUAUUGUAAUAAUGUCACAUGUGCUGCCUCUGAGUCAGCCUGCCAAGAUGGAACUUGCAUACCAAUGUCGUCAUGGUGCAACCAAGUCAUCGACUGUGCUGAUGCCUCUGAUGAAAAGAACUGCAGUUACACAGAUUGCCAAGAGUACUACAAAAUGGGAGUCGCUGAAAAGGGUUUCAUUAGUUGCAACUCCACAUCUAUGUGUAUUCAUCCUUCCUGGGUGUGUGAUGGAGCCAAUGACUGUGGGGAUUAUGCAGAUGAGAUGAACUGUCAGGUCUCUCAUGGGCCCAGGUGUGAGGAGGGGCACUUCGCCUGUCCCAGUGGUAACUGUAUCUCAAGUGUAUGGCUCUGUGAUGGUCAGAAGGACUGUGAGGAUGGAGCAGAUGAAUUUCAGUGUGAUUCUUCUUGUCUCUGGAACCAAUUUGCUUGUUCCAAGAAUAAAUGUAUAGCUAAACAAUGGCUGUGUGAUGGAGAGGACGAUUGUGGGGAUGGCGUGGACGAGAGUGAUGAGCUUUGUGGCUCGGUGACGUGUGGACCUAAAUUGUUCAGUUGUUUGGGGUCAUAUGCAUGUGUACCCAAGCGCUGGCUCUGUGAUGGAGAAAGAGACUGUCCUGAUGGUAGUGAUGAACUAGCAGCUGCUGGCUGUGCUCCUAAUAACACGUGUGAUGAGAAUGCCUUCAGAUGCCUGAACAAGGCCUGCAUCCCCAAAAGCUUCGUGUGUGACCAUGAUAAUGACUGUGGAGAUGGAUCAGAUGAGUCAGUUGAGUGCAUGUACCGCACGUGUGGACCAGAUGAGUUCCGCUGCGCCGAUGGCCGCUGCCUGCUUAGUGCGCAGUGGGAGUGUGAUGGUUACCCUGACUGCCCGGACCACUCGGAUGAGCUCCCCCACAAUCUUAAAUGCCUGGCAGCUGAGAGUCUCUGCAAUAGCUCGUUUUUCAUGUGCACCAAUGGUCGAUGUAUUUCUGAAACAAGCCUGUGUGACCAGAAAGAUGACUGUGGGGACCGCUCAGAUGAGAAAAACUGCAAUGUGAAUGAAUGCCUCAAUCGACGUGUCAGUGGCUGUACACAGGACUGCCAGGAUUUACUUGUAGGAUAUAAGUGUAAGUGCUGGCCGGGAUUCCGCCUGAAGAAUGAUGGGAAAAGCUGUGUUGACAUUGAUGAAUGCUCCACCAGUCUUCCCUGCAGUCAAACCUGCGUUAACACCUAUGGAUCUUACAAGUGCUUGUGUGUAGAUGGUUAUGAAGCAUCCAAACACAACCCCAACAGUUGCAGGUCUCUCUCAGCUGAAGAGCCGUUUCUUAUUCUCGCUGAUCAUCAUGAAAUUAGAAAACUAAGUGUUGAUGGGUCCAAUUACACUUUGCUAAAACAGGGUCUUAACAGCAUCAUUAGCUUGGAUUUUGACUACAGAAAGGAGUUCAUCUACUGGGUAGACUCAAGUAGACCCAGUGGCCGAAGGAUUAACAGGAUACGGUUAAAUGGCAGUGAUCUUAAGGUUGUUCACAGAACAGCUGUUCCCAGUACUCUGGCUGUUGACUGGAUUGGGAAGAACUUGUACUGGUGUGACAUAGAAAGGAAGACGUUGGAAGUAUCCAAAUCCAAUGGCCUUUAUCCCACAGUCUUACUCAGCUCUGGUCUAAGGAAUCCAACAGAUCUGGCACUUGAUGCCCAAUUAGGGUAUGUGUUCUGGAUUGACUGCUGUGACAACCCACAUGUGGGCCGUGUUGGCAUGGAUGGACAAGGCCAGAUGGUGAUUGUGGACAAGGAGAUCUACAGCCCAUCUGCACUCACCAUUGAUUACACCACCAAGAGGAUCUACUGGGCUGAUGACAGUCACAUCCUUUUUGCCAACAUAGACGGCACUCAAAGGCACAAAGUUCCACACAGCCACAUCCAGGGUGUGAUGGGCCUGACCUUGUAUGAAGACUUCAUCUACUGGACAGACGGAAAAUCGAAGUCUCUCCGACGUGCCCACAAAACCUCUGGUACCCAUGCUGUUGAGCUUCUUAACUCCUGGCAGGCCAUUAAAUCUCUAACAGUUUAUCACCCUCUGCGCCAGCCGGAGGUCCCCAAGCAUCAAUGCCAGGUAGCUAACGGUGGCUGCAGUCACCUGUGCCUUUUGUCUCCCGGUGGAGGACACAAGUGUGCAUGUCCUACCAACUUCUACCUGGCUGCUGAUAACAAGACCUGCCUGUCCAACUGCACAGCUAGUCAGUUUCGCUGUGGGACUGACGAAUGUAUUCCAUUCUGGUGGAAGUGUGAUACUGUGGACGAUUGCGGCGAUGGUUCAGACGAGCCAGCAGACUGCCCCGAAUUCAAAUGCCAGCCUGGGCGCUUUCAGUGUGGCACGGGUCUGUGUGCCCUCCCUCCAUUCAUCUGUGAUGGGGAGAAUGACUGUGGAGAUAACUCAGAUGAAGCCAACUGCGAUACAUAUAUCUGUCUGUCAGGACAGUUCAAGUGCACCAGGAGGCAAAAGUGCAUCCCGUUGAACCUGCGCUGCAAUGGACAGGACGACUGCGGAGACGGCGAGGAUGAAACAGACUGUCCCGAGAGCACGUGUUCGCCAGAGCAGUUUCAGUGUAAGACCACCAUGCAUUGCAUCUCUAAGCUGUGGGUGUGUGACGAGGACCCGGACUGUGCUGACGGCUCUGAUGAAGCAAACUGCGAUGAAAAGACCUGUGGACCUCAUGAAUUCCGCUGUGAGAAUAACAACUGCAUCCCGGAUCACUGGAGGUGUGACAGCCAGAAUGACUGUGGAGACAAUUCCGAUGAGGAGAACUGCAAACCAGUGACCUGUAAUCAUAAGGACUUUGCCUGUGCCAACGGGGACUGCAUCUCUGCGCGGUUUCGCUGUGAUGGAGACUAUGACUGUGCUGAUAAUUCAGAUGAGAAGGACUGCGAGGCCCGCUGUGCACAGGACCAAUUCCAGUGCCAUAACAACCUUUGCAUCUCCGCUAAGUGGCUGUGUGAUGGCCAGGAGGAUUGUAAGACCGGCGAGGAUGAGAGGAACUGCCCCGGAACAGUGCUCCCCUCCUGUUCGAUAAAUGAGUACGUGUGCGCCAGUGGCGGAUGUGUGUCUGCUAGCCUGAGGUGUGACGGGCAUGACGACUGUCUGGACAGCUCUGAUGAGAUGGAUUGCGUGAAAGAGUGUCGAGAGGAUGAGUUCCUCUGCAGGAAUCAUGCCCACUGCAUCCCGAAAAGAUGGCGCUGUGAUGGUGUGUUUGACUGCAUGGAUCACAGCGAUGAGGAGAACUGUGAUCAAGGAGCUUUUUUCUGCCGCCCUGAUGAGUUCAUUUGCAACAAUACCCUGUGCAAGCUGCACUCUUGGCUGUGUGAUGGUGAGGAUGAUUGCGGGGACAACUCUGAUGAAGAUGCUGAAUUAUGUGCUAAGCUACCUUGCCCUCCCACAAGACCACACCGCUGCAGAAAUGACAGAGUGUGUUUGCGGCUUGAUCAAAUCUGCAACAGUGUGGAUGACUGCGGCGACAACUCAGACGAAGAGCAAUGCGAGACUGUGUCUGCCAGACCAAAACCGUGUGGGAAGACUGAGUUUACCUGCAGUAACAAACGCUGUAUACCUACUCAGCUGCAGUGUGACUUAUUUGAUGACUGUGGGGAUGGAGGGUCCGAUGAACGUGACUGCAAGGCCUCUUUAAAUGGAGAUAUAUGUGGGAAGAGGACGAAUCCGUGUGGAGAGGACGCAGUGUGUAAUCAGAGCAGUACUAAUAACAUUUGCCAAUGCAAACCUGGAUUUCAGAGGAAUCUCAAGACUAAACAGUGUGAAGAAAUCAACGAGUGCCUUCAUUUUGGCACAUGCUCACACAUUUGCAUAAACACUAAAGGAUCAUACAAGUGUACAUGUGAGAAAAACUAUAAGGAUGUUAAUGGCAACUGUAUAGCUAAAGGACCAGAAGAUCGAGUGCUCUACAUAGCUAAUGACACUGAAAUCCGAAGUUUUGUGUAUCCAUUUAACCAGAGCCAUGGACACAAAGUACUUGCUCGCAUUGAGGAAAAUGCCCGCAUCAUUGGGAUGGAUGCUCUGUUGCACCAACAAAAGUUCAUCUGGGCUACCCAGUUUAAUCCAGGUGGACUUUUUUACAAAGAAAUCAUAGACAGGAGUCAAACUAAAACAAACGCUGGAAUAAUAUGUGCUGAUUUUCGGAGACCUAGAGAUGUGGCAGCUGAUUGGGUAACUGGAAAUGUCUACUGGACAGACCACUCGAGAAUGCACUGGUUCAGCUAUUACACAGCCCACUGGACCAAGCUGAGAUACUCUAUUAAUGUGGGUCAGCUCAAGGGACCCAACUGCACUCGGCUGAUAACUGACAUUGCAGGAGAGCCAUAUGCCAUUGCCAUCAAUCCUGUAAAAGGGAUGAUGUAUUGGUCAGUUAUUGGUGACCACUCCCACAUUGAGGAAUCAGCCAUGGAUGGCUCCAUGCGUAGAGUGUUGUUGGAUAAAAAGCUCAGGAGACCCACAGGAUUAGCGAUUGAUUACUUUGGCCAGCGUUUGUAUUGGGCUGAUGCAGAGCUCUCAGUCAUAGGAAGUGUGGGCUUGGAUGGCUCUGAUGCUCUGGUGGUCAUCAACGGCAAACAGGGUAUAGCUCAGCCAUACAGGAUCGAUAUUUUCGAGGACCUUAUAUAUGGAACUAAUCUUAAACAUGAGAUGUUUAGAGUUCACAAGUAUGGCAAACAGCCUGUUGAGCUUCUGGAUCUGGUCAUAGAAAAAGCUACCAAUGUCUUGAUCACCCAUCGUUUCAAGCAGCAAGAUGUGGCCAACCCGUGUCUGAAAAUGACCUGUGACUUCAUGUGUCUGCUCAACCCAAGUGGUGCCAGUUGCAUCUGUCCGGAAGGAAAGGCUCUGGUUAAUGGCUCCUGUAUUGACCCCAGUGUUUCAGGUGAACUGUGCCGGCCUGCUUGUGAGAAUGGGGGCCGCUGUGUGGCCAAUGAAAAAGGGGAGUGGCGCUGUUAUUGCUGGCCUGAUUUCUCUGGAGAGCGCUGUGAAAUCAACCACUGCACAGACUACUGCUUAAACGGGGGCACAUGUACAGGGUCACCACUCGGAAAGCCGACAUGUCGCUGUGCUGUGGGCUUCACCGGGCCAAACUGUGAGCGUAAGGUGUGUGAUAAUUACUGUCUAAAUGGAGGGACAUGUGAUGUCAGCCAGGGCAACCAGCCGGUGUGCCGCUGUUUAGCAGAAUACACGGGUGAUCGCUGCCUUUUCCACAUCUGUCACCAUUACUGUGUGAACUCCAAAGCCUGCACAUUGUCGAGCUCGGGCCAUGUGGAGUGUGUGUGUCCAGGUCGAUAUGAAGGGAUCAAAUGUGACGUGGACAAGUGCCUACGGUGCCAUGGUGCCCCCUGCAUUAUUGAUGCAGAGACUGGAGAUGUGGCCUGCAACUGUACCAGUGGUAGAAUAGCUUCCAGUUGCCAACUUUGUGAUGGCUACUGCUACAAUGGAGGCACCUGUCAUCUGGAUCCUGACACUAACCUGCCUUUCUGCCACUGCACAGCUGGUUUCAAGAACCAGCGCUGUGAUGAGCUGGCCAACCCCUGUGAUUACUACUGUCAGAAUGAUGGGAUAUGCACAAUAACAUCCUUUAACAAACCCCGCUGCAAGUGUUCAGCCAAUUGGUCGGGGACACAGUGUGAACGGCCCGCCCCGAAGAGCAGCCGCUCCGACAACACACCGGGAGGAAGCAUAGCCAUCAUUGUGCCUCUAGUCCUGCUGGUUAUUUUGAUUACAACAGUUGUGGUUGGAGUCUGCAUCUGCAGAAGGCAGCAGAGGGACAAGCAGGUACAGCGGCAGCCCAUGACCAAUGGAGGCAUGAAUGUUGAGAUAGGCAACCCCUCCUAUAACAUGUAUGAGGUGGACCAUGACAACCACGUGGAUGCAGGAAGCUACCUUAAACCAAAUUUCACGCUGGAUCCACACAAGCCUAUGAACUACUCAAACCCAGUGUAUGCCAAGAUAUACAUCGAUGAUCAGAACUGUCGGAAACCAGUCAUCAGCAUUGAUGAACGAAGAGAGCUUCUCCCAAAGAAACUAGAGGGGACAAUUCGGGAAACUGCCGCAUAGCCUGACAUUACACUUUGUACUGUUUUUUUACGCCAGUGUACAAAAUGUAUAAAAACUGAAAAAACAGAUUUUUCUAUUUCUUAUCAGGUCCUG